AACAAGGAACGCUCUGGUUGGAAACAUUUUGUGUAAAUGCAUUGUAAAUAUUUAAAAAUUACGUUCGCUGUUCUGGGAGGCUAUUCACAGUAUUGACGAUGGAUAGUAGGCCAUUCCAUCAAUUGACCUUGAGCGAGCUGCGUGCCCCAAUUGCUGCAUAUGGUCUGACUGUCGUGGCGACACUAUUGUACAUUGUGAGUACGGCGACGAACAACUGGAUCGAAGGAGUUAUUAGUGCGCAAGGUGUACGAUACGGUUUAUGGAAGGGUUGCGCAAUUCCUCUUUUUGGAUAUCAGAUUUUUGAAGAUAUCUGUGGGAGCCUGUUCCCAGUUUCGGCCUUUGUACACAUUACCCGUCUAUGCAUGGUAACCGCCUGUAUCGCUGGCUGUGUUACGCUUAUUAUUCCACCAUUGGCAUAUUCCGGUAAAAUACCACAGGUAGGGAGGGCCGAGAUCAGGAAAGCCUCUCACGUUGUCCUCGUAGCAGCUUCAUUGGUGGUUAUUGGUACUAUGACAUAUGUGAUUGGCAGCGCUGUCGACAGUAUUUUUAUUAUUUAUAAGUUAGGAUAUUCCAUUAUACUCGGGUGGAUCUCGGCAGCAAUGGCCUACGUAGGCGGUGCCAUACUGGAGUCGCAGUUCAAGGACCAAGCUUCAGCUCCCGUCUUCGUCAUGUCUCAACAAAAUAGAGUUGCCUGUCACCCUACGACUGGUGAGCCUCCAUGCGAAACGAACCCCUUUCCGGGCGGCGCUCCGUACAACAUGGCAGAACAUGCUAGUCAUUCGGGUGCACCGCCCGCUUAUCCCGGCGCUGUACCCGAUUCGGUCGUCAAUUUCAAUGUAGCACAAGCCUCGGCUAGUCGACAGAAGCAGGAACACUACUGA